UCCAUUUCAUUUUACUCUUAUUUAAUCUUCUUGUUUUAUCACCCUUUGUUUCCUUCUCUCAAUUCUGAAUUUCCCUCUCUCCGUAUCUCUAUUCAAUGUUCAACAUCUUUUUCAUAUUCAGUAUUCCUUCGAUUUUUACCUUAUCUUUUUAAAACAUUAUUAGCUUUUAAUGGUGAACUGAAGAACACCUCUGUUUUUGUACCUCCCCCUGUUUUACUAUUUAUACUUUCAGGAAUUCUUUUAGGAGCAAUAAAUUUAAAUUAAUUUAAUAAAAAAAGCUCUUUAGAAUGGCACCCAAGAAUGGAAGAGGAAAAGGAAAGGGAGACAAGAAGAAGAAAGAAGAAAAAAUUCUUCCAGUUGUUAUGGAUAUCACAGUGAAUCUUCCUGAUGAAACUAGUGUAAUUUUGAAGGGAAUAUCCACAGAUAGAAUCAUCGAUGUUCGCAAACUUCUCUCCGUGCAUACAAUGACAUGCCAUAUUACCAAUUUUUCCUUAUCUCACGAGGUCAGGGGCCCACGUCUAAAAGACACGGUGGAUGUUGCAGCUCUAAAACCUUGCAUUCUUACGUUAGCUGAAGAGGCGUACGAUAAGGAAAGUGCAGCCGCGCAUGUUAGAAGAUUGUUGGACAUUGUAGCAUGCACAACGAGCUUUGGGCCAUCUGCGAGCAGUAAAGAGGGAGGCAAAAAUGAAGAUGCUAAAAGUGCGCGUAGUGCGCAGGAUAAGAGUUCGUCGUCGGCGGCGGCAACGAAGAAGGCUGGAAAUAAGUUGAAUGGCGGAAAACAAGCGCCAGCGACGGAAGAAUCCGCCGGAAAACCGGCGUCGAAAGAUGAUAUUUCAAUGAUGAUUGACGGAGAAGGAGAAACGAACAAUUCAUGCCCUAAACUUGGGAGUUUUUACGAGUUUUUCUCUCUCCCUAAUCCCUCUCCUCUUCAAUUUAUUCGGAGAGCUUCAAAGGAGGCUGAUGAUCAGAUUUUAAAGGAUGAUCAUCUAUUUUUCAUUGAUGUUAAGCUGUGCAAUGGAAAGCUGGUUCUUGUUGAGGCAUGCAAGCGAGGUUUUAUCAGUAUUGGGAAGCACCGAAUUCUCGGUCACAAUCUUGUUGAUUUGAUAAGACAACUUAGUAGAGCUUUCGAUAAUGCUUAUGAUGAGCUUAUGAAAGCCUUCUCAGAGCGUAACAAGUUUGGUAAUCUUCCAUAUGGCUUCAGAGCCAAUACAUGGCUAAUUCCUCCAUCUGCAGCACAGUCAAUUUCGACAUUUCCCUCUCUUCCUGUAGAGGACGAAACUUGGGGUGGCAAUGGCGGGGGCUGGGGAAGAGAUGGAAAAAGUGAUCUGAUACCAUGGUCAAAUGAAUUCCGUUUUGUUGCGUCAAUGCCGUGCAAAACUCCAGAGGAGAGACAAAUACGGGAUAGAAAAGCUUUUCUUAUUCAUAGCUUAUUUGUAGAUGUAGCAAUAUUUAGGGCAAUUUCUACCUUGCGACAUGUUAUGCAAAAAACGAGUGAUUCUCAAACAGUUGUAAAUGAUGAUGAUGUAAUUCAUUCUGAGCAAGUUGGUGAUUUACAUAUCACUAUCAUGAAGGAUGUUUCUCUUGCAAGCUGUAAGUUGGACACUAAAAUUGACGGGCUUCGGGCCACUGGUUUGGAUCAGAAGGCUCUAACAGAGAAGAACUUGCUUAAAGGGAUAACAGCAGAUGAGAAUACUGCUGCCCAUGAUAUUAGCAGUUUAGGCUCUGUAAAUCUCAGGUACGCUGGUUACAUUGUCACAGUGAGGGUUAAGGUCAAAGAGGAUGCACCUGUGGAUUCAUUGUCACCUAGCAUAGAAUAUUUUGAUCAGCCUGAAGGUGGUGCCAAUACUCUCAAUAUUAACAGUUUAAGACUGUUGCUACAUAAAGGAGCAGUCACAGACAAUCACAAAUGGGUAGCUCAAUCUGAGCAGUCAGAGAAUCAAAAACUUAGCACCAAUCAAGCUUUUCUGGGGAAAUUAUUUGAAGAUAGUCUUGCUAAGAUUCAGGAAGAGCAAAAGAAGCAAGAUAAUUUCGUUAGAUGGGAGCUAGGAGCAUGUUGGAUUCAACAUCUUCAAGACCAAAAAAAUUCAGAAAAGGACAAGAAACUCUCUGCUCAAAAAGGUAAGAAUGAGAUGAAGGUUGAAGGGCUGGGAACACCCCUCAAAUCACUCCGCAACAAGAAAUCAGAAGGAACUGCUCUGGUGAAUUCUGAUAAAUUGUCCACAAAUUCAAGCAAUGCUGAAUCCGCUUCAUCAUUUACUGAAGCACAGUGUAUAACCAGUUCAAGUGAGGGUGAGCUUGCACUAAACAAGAUCUUGUCGGAUGCAGCUUUCACUCGUUUAAAAGAAUCAGAUACAGGAUUACACCAAAAGUCAUUGCAAGAACUUAUUGAUUUGUCUCAGAAAUACUAUGAUGAAGUUGCUCUUCCUAAGCUGGUUGCAGAUUUUGGCUCGUUAGAACUUUCACCAGUUGAUGGAAGAACACUGACUGAUUUUAUGCAUACACGAGGUCUUAGGAUGCGUUCUCUUGGACGUGUUGUAAAGCUGUCAGAGAAGCUGUCUCACGUUCAGUCUCUUUGUAUCCAUGAGAUGAUUGUUCGAGCUUAUAAGCACAUUCUUCGGGCAGUGAUUGCUUCUGUUGGUACUGAUGAUGCGGCUGCGACGGUGGCUUCAGCAUUAAAUUUAAUGCUGGGGAUACCCGAAAAUGAUAAUUCAGAUAAACUGUUUAAUGUUGAUUCUCUGGUAUGGAGAUGGUUGGAGGUAUUCCUGAUGAAGCGGUAUGAUUGGGAUAUCAAUGGUUUUAACUUCAAGGACUUGAGAAAAUUUGCCAUUCUCCGGGGACUUUGUCAAAAGGUGGGUCUCGAAUUAGUUCCAAGGGAUUAUGAUAUGAAUUCUCCCAAUCCUUUCCGUAAAACAGAUAUUGUCAGCUUGAUACCUGUCCACAAGCAAGCAGCUUGCUCAUCUGCUGAUGGUAGGCAGCUUUUGGAGUCAUCAAAGACAGCUCUAGAUAAAGGAAAGCUUGAAGAUGCUGUUAACUAUGGGACAAAGGCUCUAGCAAAGCUAGUAGCAGUUUGUGGUCCUUAUCAUCGGAUGACUGCCGGAGCUUAUAGUCUUCUUGCUGUGGUCUUGUACCAUACCGGAGACUUUAACCAGGCGACAAUCUACCAACAAAAAGCCUUGGACAUUAAUGAAAGGGAACUGGGACUCGAUCAUCCUGACACAAUGAAAAGCUAUGGAGAUCUAGCUGUUUUCUAUUACCGGCUUCAGCAUACUGAGCUGGCUCUAAAGUAUGUAAAGCGAGCAAUGUAUCUGUUACAUCUUACAUGUGGUCCAUCUCAUCCAAAUACUGCUGCCACUUACAUCAAUGUGGCUAUGAUGGAGGAAGGCCUCGGGAACGUGCAUGUUGCCCUUCGAUACCUUCAUAAGGCUCUAAAAUGUAACCAGAGGUUAUUAGGACCGGACCACAUUCAGACAGCAGCUAGUUAUCAUGCCAUUGCUAUUGCACUUUCUUUGAUGGAAGCAUAUCCUUUAAGCGUUCAACAUGAACAAACAACAUUGCAAAUUCUUCAGGCUAAGCUCGGACCUGAUGAUUUACGCACACAGGAUGCUAAUGCUUGGCUCGAGUAUUUUGAAUCCAAGGCUUUUGAGCAGCAAGAAGCUGCUAGAAAUGGGACUCGGAAACCUGAUGCAUCCAUAGCAAGUAAAGGCCAUCUAAGUGUUUCAGACCUGCUUGACUACAUAAAUCCGAGUCCUGAUACAAAAGGGAGAAGUGCUAUGUCAGUCAAGAGAAAAAGCUACUUUGUGAAGGUCCAAGAGAAAGCAAAUCAGGUUUUCAGCAAAUCCAGCACUGAUGGUUCUCCAAAAGGGCCAAAUCUCAUAGUUUCAGAUGGUGAUAUUGAACCUGAAGGCAUAAUUGGUGAAUCUGAGUCUGAUAUUAAAUCUGAUGCAUCAAAACUGGUUGGUAGAAAUGUAGAACCUGUUAAGCCUGUUGUCCCUGUCCCUGUUCCUGAAACUGAAAAAGUCAAGCAGCCUGUCAUCCCCAGCAAAGUUUCAUCUGAAGCCCUUAUUGAAGCUGAAGAUGGUUGGCAGCCUGUCCAAAGGCCAAGAUCUGCUGGUGGACAUGGUCGUCGAGUAAGACAGCGGCGUGCUACAAUUGGCAAAGUAUACGGCUAUCAGAAGAAAGAAGUAAUUGAAACUGACACGGCCAAACAAAAUAAUUCUCACCAAAAUACCAACUACUAUGUGUUGAAGAAACGUUCAUUGUCACCUGCUAGUUUUUCAGAUCAGCACAUUGCUAAAAAUGGCCAUCAAGUCAGUAAAUUUGGACGAAGAAUUGUCAAAGCUGUUACAUACAGAGUUAAGUCUGUCCCUUCCUCUGCCAAAGUUGAACCAAGUGAGGUCUCUAGUAGAGAAACUGAAUCCGGAAAAAAUCCUGAGAAACCCACAAUAGUUAGGUUGGGAAAAUCUCCUUCAUACAAGGAUGUUGCACUUGCACCACCAGGGACCAUCUCUCAAUUGCAAGCUAAUGUUCCCCAAAAUGAUAGUUCAAAUGACGCUGAGGUUGCUGUAGAGAAAAGUGAAGAUGCUGUUUGUAAUCAUUUGAGAGAAAAUGUUACAUCUGAAAAGGAAGAUGUCAAGGUGGUCAAUGUCAAAGAGAUUAACGAGUGUUCUUUGUCGGAUUCCAAGGAAUCGUCAUCACCAGGUCACGAGGUUAAGGUCGAAAAAUUAUCCGAUGAUGUUGCAACAAAUGUUGAUACUUCUGGAAUGGUUCCUUCGAUUGUUGACAAGGCUGAGAGUGAUACAAUUGACAUCCAUGAAGUGGUUCCUGAGAACGAGCCCAUAAAUAAUUCAACAACAAAUUCAAUAAGUUCUUCGAAAGAGGUCAAGUUUGAGAUGGACAUUUCUUGCAGCACUCAAAUAGAGCAUGCAUCUCCAUUGCAAGGAGAGGAGCAUUUGGAAGACAAACCAAUGAUUACAAAUUUGAGUGAUGCAAGAGAUUUUCCAAGCAAAAAGCUGUCAGCUUCUGCUGUACCAUUCAACCCAUCACCAAUCAUUCCACGCUCAGCUCCAAUGCCUUUAAACAUGAAUCUUCCUUCUGGUCCAGGUGCUGUUCCAGCUGUAGGCCCCUGGCCAAUGAACAUGGCCCUUCACCCUGGGCCUGCUACAGUAAUGCCAGCUGUCAAUCCUUUGUGCUCCUCACCUCACCAUGCCUACCCAUCUCCUCCACCUACACCAAAUAUUAUACCACCAGUGCCUUUUAUGUAUCCUCCUUAUAGUCAGGCUCAGCCUGUGCCACUCAAUAGUUUUCCUCCAAAUGGAAAUCAUUUUCGUCGCAGUCAUUAUGUGUGGCAAUGCAACAUGAACCCCCCUACACCAGAAUUUAUCCCCACAACUAUUUGGCCUGGUUGCCGUCCAGUUGAAUUCUCUGUAAUUCCACCUGUGACUGAACCAAUUUGUGAACCUAAUUUAGAGCAACGGGUACAAUCUCCAAUCUCUGAGGGAAGCCAAGGCUUGGUCCCUCUUCUGCCUGAUGAUAUAAGUAGCGGGGAGGAGACAAAGAAAGUGGUGCUUCCCCUUCCUGAAGUGGUACAUGAUUCGGCUUGGAUUGGGUUGGAGAAUGAGAAACCAAACGAGGGCCGUACUUGCGAGGAUAAUAUUGGGACUACACCAGUUUACAGUGAUGCUCUCAAAGAAAAAUCUGGAGAUAAUGUUGAGGUUACUAGGCUUAGUCAUCAUGUUGAGGAUGAUGAAAGAACUUUCAGCAUUUUAAUUCGAGGGAAGAGAAACCGAAAGCAAACUUUAAGAGUGCCAAUAAGUUUGCUUAGAAGACCUCAUUGUUCACAAUCAUUCAAAGUUGCAUACAGCAGAGUUUUGCGAGACAGUGAAAUUUCUAGGCCCUUGACAUCUUGUGAAACUAACUUAGCAACAUGAGUAACAGAUUUAGGAUUCACAUCUGAUCUGAGAGUAGGGCUAUGGGAAUAAUAUAUAUUCCUUCUUUUUAUAUGCGUCAUACUUGUUGCAGAUUCAUCGAGCCUAACUGGUCUAUUUGUGCUAUCACUGCAAUUCGAUUCGAAAUUUUUUUGAGAAAUGAAAGGUCUAUGUUGGGAAACUUCUGUUUCAGGAGAGAGGUGGCAUUUUCCCCUCAAAAAUAAAGAAUGCUUUACAAUUUUAUACAUUGAGGAUAGGAAAAUCAGGAAUUUUGAUUUACAAAAUGGACAGAUAAAUUCGUUUAUGGUUAUUGCAAGGCAUUGAUAGUGAUUGAUACAAAUUUUGUUCAACUGUGUUAUUUGUACAAUGACUGCUUCAGCUUUUUUGUUGGCAAGAGGUUGACAUUUUGCUCC